CCGCUUGUCCUCUGACAGCGAGGCUUAGGGCGGAGGGAAGCUGGUCGGUCGGUCCAUCAAGCACGCGGCUCCCGCGGCCAGGCCAGCACGGAGCCGUUGCCAUGGCAGCCGCCGCCGGGGGCGCGGACGAAGAGUCGCGCUCUGGCCGCUCGAGCUCGGAUGGCGAGUGCGCUGUGGCGCCAGAGCCGCUGACGGGCCCCGAGGGCCUCUUCUCCUUCGCCGACUUCGGGUCUGCGCUGGGCGGCGGCGCGGGGCUCCCAGGCCGGGCGGCCGGCGGGACCCAGUCCCCGCUACGCUACCUUCACGUCCUGUGGCAGCAGGACGCAGAGCCCCGCGAUGAGCUGCUCUGUAAGAUCCCCUCCGGCCGGCUAAGGCGCGCCGCCAGGCCCCACCGCCGGCUCGGGCCCACGGGCAAGGAGGUGCACGCUCUGAAGAGGCUGAGGGACUCAGCCAAUGCCAACGAUGUGGAAACAGUGCAGCAGCUGCUGGAAGAUGGCGCGGAUCCCUGCGCAGCUGACGACAAGGGUCGCACAGCCCUACACUUCGCCUCCUGCAACGGCAAUGACCAGAUUGUGCAGCUGCUUCUGGACCAUGGAGCCGACCCCAAUCAGCGAGAUGGGCUGGGGAACACGCCACUGCACCUGGCGGCGUGCACCAACCACGUCCCUGUCAUCACCACACUGCUGCGAGGAGGGGCCCGGGUAGAUGCCCUGGACCGAGCGGGCCGCACGCCCCUGCACCUGGCCAAGUCGAAGCUCAACAUCCUGCAGGAAGGCCACUCCCAGUGCCUGGAGGCCGUGCGGCUGGAGGUGAAGCAGAUCAUCCAAAUGCUGAGGGAGUACCUGGAGCGCCUGGGGCGGCACGAGCAGCGGGAGCGGCUGGAUGACCUCUGCACCCGCCUCCAGAUGACAAGCACCAAGGAGCAGGUGGAUGAAGUGACCGACCUGCUGGCCAGCUUCACCUCCCUCAGCUUGCAGAUGCAGAACAUGGAGAAGAGGUAGCAAGAGAGGCUCCCCGCCCUCCCGCUCCACCACUCCCCCGCCCCACUGCCAUCUCAUUACAAAGGAAAAGCCCAGUGCCUGGGACUUUGUCUGCCAGAGGCCCUCGCCCCCUGCUGCUGCGAGCAGAGAUGCUCUCUCACUGACCUCAGCGCCACUCCCCGCCGCUGUCUCCAUCAUCCCUGGGG